CAAAGCAGAAGUCCACUAAAGACAAUCUGAGCGGACCAGACUCCCUCCUAACAACCCUCAUACUGCAGCAGGAUUUUAAACAUUUGUCCAGGAUGAACAGAAAACCACUGGAGGAAACUGAGGAAAUCACAGAAGAAGUUGACUAUGUUAAUGGGCCUGUGUGCACUGUGAAGAAAAUGGCAGCCCCUCCAGACCACAGGUUUCGCUUCUUCACUCAGUCUUUUCCACUGAUAGCAGUGUGUUGGCUGAUACUGUUAGUCAUCAUGGGCCUUCGUAUCCACUUUACCUCCGUCAUUUCUGAAAACAACGCCAAGCUGACGGCAGAAAUCCAGGACCUGAAAACACAAAACCAGGAGCUGGAGUCACAGAUGAACAACUGGAAAGAGCUCAACGCCAGUCGAGCUCAGUGGAGCAUUGAUCUCUACUGCCCCAUGAUAAAAAACAAGCGAGUGUGUCAACAUUGUCAGGAGGGCUGGGAAUACAACGAGCCCAGCUGCUAUGCGAUUAAUAACGCUAGGCCUUCUGAUCGGAAAACCUGGGAAGAAGCUCGAGAAGACUGCAGAGGAAAGAAUGCAGAUUUUGCUGUUGUACAUAAUCAAGAUGAGAAGGACAUAAUCAGUCGUUACACUUGGAGAGCCGUUGGAUUCUGGAUUGGCCUGAGAGUCGAAGAUGGGAAAUGGAGGUGGAUCGAUGGAAGUGAUCUGACUGAAACCUCCUGGAUAGAAGCUCCUACUGACGGUCACUGUGCAAUUUCUAACGCGUACAGACGAUGGACAUCAGUGAGUUGCGAUGACAGACAAGAAUGGAUCUGCAAAAAGAACGCUUUAUCUUUUUAAUAACUGCAGUCAUACUGGAUACUCUGUAAAGAUUAAUUACAUGUAUGAUAAUAUCAACUGUAUGUGCUUUGUGUGUAUGUGUGUGCUCUACAUUUGUCAAUGACAUUGAAUGUGUUUUUCUUCUACUUUAUUAGAUGCAGUGACGUAAUGUUUUUUAUCACCAUAUAGUGAUAGAGUGAUGAAAGGGACCAACAAGAUUGCUCAGUUGUCUUAUUUCCUGUGUGACAUUAUAAAGGUUAUUGCUUCUGGUUUGGCCAACAGGUGGUGCUGCAUCACUUGUUCUCAACAGAAUGUCCCCAGAGCUGUUUUCUUAAGCAUCUGAUGUAAAGAAUAUCAAUAUGUCGAGGUGACAGUUACAUAUAUAUAUAUAUAUAUAUAUAUUCAUAUAUAUAUAUAUAUAUAUAUAAAUCAUCCGCAGAGCUUUUAGAAAGGUCACGAAUAAAAGUAUGGCUUUUCCUGAAAAUAAUUAUUAUGAUUGUGAAUUAAUC